AGUGAGCAAGAGAAGCAGGACCAAACUGAGGUCCAGAAGGAGAAGCAGAGGGAGUUGAUCCUGCAGCUCAAGACGCAGCUGGAUGACCUGGAGACGUUUGCUUACCAAGAGGGCAACUAUGAUUCUCUGCCACAGUCUGUGGUUAUGGAAAGACAACGGAUGAUUAUAAAUGAGUUGAUAAGGAAGCUGGACAUGGAUUUGAGUGAAGAUAUUGCAACGCUCUCUCCAGAGGAAUUGCGACAGCGUGUGGAUGCUGCCAUAGCACAGAUUGUUAAUCCAGCCAGGGUGAAAGAGCAGCUGGUGGAACAACUGAAGACACAGAUAAGGGACCUUGAAAUGUUCAUCAACUUCAUUCAGGAUGAAGUUGGAAGCUCUGGUAAGGUGGAAGAUGGACACUGUGACUGUGCAGGCAGAAAAGAUGGUGGUGGCUCCUACAAACCAAAUACACGGUCUUCUGGAAAUAGAGUGAACCCAGAAGAUGCCAGAAAGAUGCGAGAAACGGGCCUGCACCUCAUGCGUCGCAUGCUUGCUGUGCUACAGAUAUUUGCUGUCAGUCAGUUUGGUUGUGCUACUGGUCAGAUACCUCGCACCCUCUGGCAGAAGGACCAAGCCAACAGGGACUAUUCCCCCUUAAUUAAGAAACUGGAGUGGUCAGUAGAGCGAGUGAGGCAGCUAGCCAUGAAACACCAGCAGGAAGACCACGUUAUCAGCUCCUCGGAUCUGCAGGACGUUCCCUUGGGAGGCAGAGAUGAGCUGACUCUAGCUGUGCGGAAGGAGCUGACCAUUGCUCUGCGAGACCUGAUGGCUCACGGGCUCUACGCCUCUUCUCAAGGAAUGAGCCUGGUGUUGGCACCCAUCGCGUGCUUGAUUCCUGCGUUCACCUCCUCCCCGCAGACCAUGCACCCCUGGGAGCUCUUCGUGGAGUAUUACAACGCUAAGAAUGGACAAGCCUUCGUGGAAUCCCCGGCCCGCAAGCUCUCCCAGUCCUUUGCCUUGCCUGUGACAGGAGGAGUGGCCGUUACCCCCAAACAGAGCCUGCUGACAGCGAUCCACACUGUCCUCACCGAGCACAACCCCUUCAAGCGCAGUGCAGACUCUGAACUGAAAGCUCUGGUGUGUAUGGCCCUGAACGAGCAGCGCCUGGUCUCCUGGGUAAAUCUGAUCUGCAAAUCUGGAGCUCUGGUACAGUCCCACUACCAGCCAUGGAGCUACAUGGCAAACACGGGCUUUGAGAGUGCACUCAACGUUCUCAGUCGCCUGAGCAACUUGAAAUUCAACCUCCCAGUGGACCUGGCUGUCCGGCAGCUGAAAAACAUCAAAGAUGCUUUUUGAUGUAUUUUUAUUGUAGAUCAUCCAUUUUCCACGAGUAGGCAGCUGUUGGGCUCAAGAAGCCUGGCUUUUUUAAGACCCAAGUUUGACUCUGAAAUUUGCUUUUAGGGAAACCUU